CGUGGCGUUCGUGUAGGUUCGGUUUGUUUGGGCGUCCUCCGGGUUCUUUUAUUUUGAUUGAAUUUUAUAUUUUUAUAUACCUCGUCAUUGUCGCGUGCCGGUUUAGCCAGGAAUCUUCCUAUGUUUUUUUAUGAUGGUUUUAAUCAUUCAGUGUGUGUUUAGCAGUUAAGUUAAAAUGUCUCGCGCAGAAAAUUACCUCGCUCUGUGCUUGCUGGAUGCGAUGGAGGAUGAAAACUUGGGUUCGCUGCGCGUUUUGCUGGAGAAACACAAGGCCAACCCGAAUGCUAUUGUUCUGGAGAAGAACGUUGCUCCGGUCCAUUUGGUGUUGGGAGCGGAUAACGUAAGGUUUUCGGAGCAAGCGACAAGUUUGAUGCUGCAGUAUGGGGCCAAUCCAAACCUCCGGUCGGACGAGGAAGGAAUGACUCCAUUGCACGUUGCGGCCAAUUUGGGACGACCACGGUUGGUAGAGAUGUUGCUGAAGGCAGGAGCAGAUGUGGACAUGCGGGAUCGUGAUGCUAAAUUGCCGGUGGAGUAUGCCGUUGAGGAAGGGCACUUUGAAGUAGUAAAGGUGAUGCAGAAUUUCGUUUUUGAGAAAAAGUUCGAGAAGAAACGGAACGAACUUGCUCAGAGGGAGCAGCAAAACGGGACUGUCGCUGGAGGGUUCGUCAAAUGCCUUGGCGGUUUCUUGAGGAUUGAUACCCCGACCAAGAAUAGCUUGUUGUGUGAAGAGAGUAAGCUGACACCGAAUCGAGUUCAUUACAAUUUCGAUGCUACGUCGCCUUACUAUAUUAAUAUUACACAUCGAAGAAAGGAAGGCGAUAAACGCACGAAGAAUAACAUCAAUCGGGCUAUCGUUCAUAUGCAAGAAGAAGACCUUGAGGGAACCAGGCUGAGCGACGAUACUGAGAUAAUAAUGGCUCGAAAGAACCUGUUCGAACUAACGGAGCGAAAUUUAGCUAGCUUUAGUCAAAAUAUUUCGACGACAGGGGACCGAACUAGAACCUCGUUCAUCGAAUGUUGGCGAGACAAAAUAGCUGCUCUACGAACACGGAACAAGUUGAGCACAAACAUUGAGGACAUUGAAAAAAUAUUAUCUGGCUUCUCCAAUAGCUCGCUGGAAGACGAUAUUGAUCGGCGAACCUACACAGUAGAAUCGAACGAAUCUGAUUUCGCUUCGGACUCCGAACCAACCAAUGCAGCAUUCCAAACUGCCUUCGAACAACCAGCCAAACACGAAGACAGCUUGCGGACAAACGAGUUUGCCCUGGCACUGUGCCCAUCACCUGAAUUGGUGCAAUCAGACAGGUCACCCUUCCCGGAAGCGCACAAUCGGGUCAUUCAGAUCACGGAAGAAUACAUCCACACCGACGAUGAAGCCGGUUUGGUAUUCUACGAGAAAAAGUUCUUGUCUGCUCCGGUUGCCAAAAACACCGGCCAACAAAAUACAUCACUGUCUAGUCAAUCCACUGCCUUGACCUUGCCUCCGCUAGAUUACGACACCGAUGCCCUACGAGCGGAACUCACCAACUUCGGUGAACCACCUGGACCCAUUACGAAGCAUACGAAAAAGUUGUACCUCAAGAAGCUGAUCAAAUAUAAGCGGGAUCCGGAACGUGCACUGGCUCAAGUCAAGAGUAAAUUGCAACCGAAUUUUUCCGUUGAGCUGCUGGCAACGCUUCGCAGCGAAGAUGUCUUCGGAAAAAUUCCGCAACAUCAAGAAUUGGAAACGGAAAUGUCCAGCGAGUUUACGACGACCAACGAUAAAACCUGGCGCGAGGGGCACCUGAAAAAGAGUUUUAUCUACCUCCUGAUCGAUCCUCGAAUGUCGGAAAAUCUCCCGGCCCAGCAGAAUCUUUCCUCGCAGCACGAUCUGUGGAAGCGCUUCCUGCAGUCGAUUUUCUACGUUGGCAAAGGCAAAAGCAGUCGUCCCUAUUGCCACCUGUACGAUGCCAUGAAGCUGUAUCAGCAAAAAUCCAACGAAACCAACGGAUUGAAACCCCCGGACCAGGUCGUUCAGCUGCAGGUGGAAGAAGAGCAAAUCAUCUUCCAAAGCGACGAACGAAUUGAGCGGGUGUGUCGGACAACGAAAAUCCUCAACCGGAAGCAGAUGAACGAUAGCGCCAAACUGAACAAGAUAAUCGACAUUUGGCGCGCCCAGCGGGGCGUCAUUUGUCUGCACGUGUUCCACAAUGUAAUGCCGGCGGAAGCGUACACCCGGGAGGCGGCCAUAAUCGAUGCGCUGGGGGUGCAGAAUUUAACCAAUCUGAAGCGGGGCGAUUACUACGGGAAGUCACUGUCGUGGCCGAUGAAGCGGCGGAAGCAGUUGGGCAUCCUGCUGUUGUACAAGGCCUUGCUGAUCUACCUGGCCGAGGGCGAGACGCAACUGCUGCCAAGUGAUUUGAUUUGAAGCGCGAGGCUUCCCGAGGCAAAAGUAUGUUAUUUG